AAAAAGAGAUAAAAAAUCCGUUUGGAUGAAUGCGCGAGGAGAGGAGAGGCAUCACGACGAUCCCUCCUCUCUCUCUCUCUCCCUCUCCUCAUUCUCCCUUGCUUUUAGAGAGAGAAAGUAUUUUUUCCAAUUUUCUCCCCAACCUUUUCUCUGCUACUUCCAACUCCUUCCAUUUUCAAUUUUCAUCGUUAGGGUUUAAUUCGCCAAUCGUAGGGUUUUGGUCUCAUCGAAUGGAAGCUCGGGUUGGGAACAAGUUCCGUCUUGGCCGUAAGAUUGGUAGCGGAUCCUUCGGCGAGAUCUAUCUCGGUACUAAUAUUCAGACAAAUGAAGAGGUUGCAAUUAAGCUCGAAAGUGUCAAAACUAAGCACCCUCAAUUGUUGUAUGAAUCAAAGUUGUAUAAAAUACUGCAAGGAGGAACUGGGAUCCCAAAUGUGAGAUGGUUUGGCGUUGAAGGAGAAUACAAUGUCCUUGUGAUGGAUUUAUUGGGCCCUAGUUUAGAGGAUUUAUUCAAUUUCUGUAGUCGGAAAUUGUCCCUCAAAACUGUUCUCAUGCUUGCUGAUCAGAUGAUAAACCGAGUUGAAUAUGUUCAUUCAAAAUCAUUUUUACAUAGGGACAUCAAGCCAGACAACUUCCUCAUGGGUUUGGGGAGGCGUGCAAAUCAAGUUUAUGCCAUUGACUUUGGUCUUGCCAAGAAAUACAGGGACACCUCUACCCAUCAGCAUAUUCCUUACCGAGAGAACAAGAAUUUGACAGGAACUGCUAGAUAUGCUAGUAUGAACACUCAUCUUGGAAUUGAACAAAGCCGUAGGGACGACUUAGAAUCACUUGGAUAUGUUCUAAUGUAUUUUUUGAGAGGAAGUCUUCCGUGGCAGGGAUUGAAAGCAGGUACUAAGAAGCAGAAGUAUGAGAAAAUCAGUGAGAAGAAAGUUUCUACUUCUAUUGAGUCUCUGUGUCGUGGCUACCCCUCAGAAUUUGCUUCAUACUUCCAUUACUGUCGGUCACUACGGUUUGAUGAUAAACCAGAUUAUGCUUAUUUGAAAAGGCUUUUCCGUGACCUUUUCAUUCGUGAAGGAUUUCAGUUUGAUUAUGUCUUUGAUUGGACCAUUUUGAAAUAUCAGCAAUCUCAAACUCCUUUUGCACGUGCCAUUGGUCCUGCUGCUGGACCAAGUUCUGGCAUACCGCCAGCUGUUGAUGCGGAUAGACAGACAGGUGGGGAAGACGGUAGGCAUACUGGUUGGUCUUCUUCAGAUCCUACUCGUAGAAGACACUCUGGACCUAUUGCAAAUGAUGGAAUCUUAUCGAGACAAAAAGCCCCAGUUCCAAGUGACUCUACUGGAUCUAAAGAAGUUAAGGUGAGUAUAUUUAUGGGACAGCUUUUUGGAUCUACAAGGCGAGGUGCUGUCUCCAGCAACCGUGAUGCAGUUGUUGGCAGUGAGGCUGAGCCCUCUCGUCCUCUCACAGUGGAUGCGAACCCAGGAGCACUCCGUAAAGUCUCCGGUGCUCAAAGAAGCUCACCUAUCACUUCAUCCUCUGGCAGAAACACAUCAAACGUAAAGAAUUUUGAGUCAACUCUCCGAGGUAUUGAGAGCCUGAAUUUCAACGAGGAGAGGGUACAGUAUUAGCAGCUGCCACUCUCGAUCAUCACCUCCUAUCUUCUAAGUAAAUUCUUAAAAAGUUUUAUACUCUUUUUCAUGAACUACCGAGUGGAGUGUUGUCUGUGCAUUUUGUUGAAGGAAAGCUGCAACAAGUUGGGAAUUGUCUCUGUUAAGUAUAAUACAAGAAAGAUAAUGCUUAGGUGGUUUCCUGACAAACCAACCUGGCCGACAAAAAGGCUUGCUUCUGUUUAUACAGUUACGUUGUUGUACUCACAUUGGUUCUACUUCAUCUUUACUAUCGUUUCCUCUUUUAUAUUAUGUCUUGUGCUUUCAUAGCCUCCUUUUUUUGGGAUAAAUCAUAUAU